GUUUGUUAAGGGUGGUGGGAGGCAGGAAGGCUCCUUCAGAAACAGGAGUAGCUCUGGAGUGGAGGGAGAAGAUCACGCAGGCAGCCCAGGGAAGUUCCAGAUUGGCAGCAGCGAGUAGCUCGGGGACCCUCCAGAGGACCUGUUCUCCCUCCUGAUGGCUCUGCUUGUCUCUCUUACUGGAGAGAACCAGGCCAUGGCUUGGAUCCUGUUUCUGUUGCUGUCAGCAUUAUGCCUGCAAGCUGAUAAUUCAGCAGGAUCCAACAGAGUAAAUACCUUUGGUGUCAACCAACCAGCACACCUCUCUGGUGUCCAGGGCAGCUCCAUUGAGAUCCCCUUCUCCUUCUACUUCUCUGGAGAAUUGACAAAGGAUCCACAGAUGAGGAUUCUCUGGAGAUGGAAGCACUUCCAUGGGGAAUUUAUCUACAACUCCUCCUCGGGUUUCAUACAUGAGCAUUUCAAGGACCGGCUCAUCCUGAACUGGACACAGCCUCAGACAUCCGGAGUCCUCAGAAUCCUGAACUUGAAGGAGGAGGACCAGACAGUGUACUUCUGCCGAGUUCGUCUGAAAACGAUAAAAUACAUGGAGACGGUGCAGUCUAUUGAUGGGACCCAAAUCACCGUCACUGGUGCAGUAGGCACCACCAUGCAGAGCCCCUCCAUGGUCACCUCUGCAAUUACCACGUCUGGCCUGGAGGACACAAAAGGACAGAGGAAUCCUUCACUUGUGAACCUAGGAGCCAUUACUGGGGUGGUGGUGGCCACGGCUGUGCUCAUAACUCCCGUCUAUGUGAUGCUGAUCUUCCUCUGGUGGAAGAAAAGGAUCUGGAAUUAUAGGCUCACUGAUCUUUAUUUAUGCCUAGAAUCCACUGAUGAGCCAGCAGACUAAAGAUGAAACCCAGCCAGGUGAGCAGCUGACAUCCCAAGGAGCAGGCACAGCACGGUCUGUUAGUCCCCAGCUAACAGAACUCCAGGGGCCAGCAUCUCUCACCAGGGUGGUGAGUUUCCAUCAAAGUAGGGAUUGUUGGUCACACAUCCUGCAUCUCAACCCGUUCCCUGACCACGGCCUGGGAAUCAGAGAGCAGGGCUGCAGGCCUGUGCUGUGAAACAUCUGUCCAUGGACGGGUGCAAGAAGAGAACCCCACUCCUGCCAUGUGCGCUCUGACUUCCUUUCCUCGGAACACAGUCGAUUUGUCUGUCUCAGGUCCUGGUAUCCCAACUCUGCUGUUUCCUAUCUGUCCAUGGAAUUAAUAACAUUUUAAAUAAAUGUCUUCCUCUCAGA